UUCAUCACUGAUACUUUGGGACUAGAGAGAGAGAAAGAGGAGGAGGAGGAAGAAGAAGAAGAGGGCCAAAAACAUGGAGGGGAAGGAGGAAGAUGUGAGACUUGGAGCCAACAAGUUCUCUGAGAGACAGCCGAUAGGGACGGCAGCACAGUGCCAGGACAAGGACUAUACGGAGCCGCCGGCUGCUCCGCUGUUCGAGCCGGAGGAAAUCAAGUCGUGGUCUUUCUGGAGGGCGGGGAUAGCAGAGUUCAUGGCCACUUUCCUCUUCCUCUACAUCACCAUCCUUACAGUCAUGGGAGUGAAUAGGUCUUCCAAAAAUCUGUGCGCCACCGUUGGCAUCCAGGGCAUCGCUUGGGCCUUCGGUGGUAUGAUCUUCGCCCUCGUCUACUGCACCGCCGGUAUCUCUGGUGGACACAUAAACCCUGCUGUGACCUUCGGGAUGCUACUGGCGAGGAAGCUGUCCCUGACGAGGGCGCUCUUCUACAUGGUGAUGCAGUGCCUGGGAGCCAUCUGCGGCGCUGGCGUCGUCAAGGGCUACCAGAGGACAUUCUACGAGACCAACGGCGGAGGUGCCAACGUUGUCAACCCUGGGUACACCAAGGGAGACGGCCUCGGCGCGGAGAUUGUCGGCACCUUCGUCCUCGUUUACACAGUCUUCUCCGCCACCGAUGCUAAGAGAAGCGCCAGGGACUCGCAUGUCCCCAUCUUGGCUCCCCUGCCCAUUGGGUUUGCUGUCUUCCUUGUGCACUUGGCCACCAUCCCCAUCACUGGAACCGGCAUCAACCCGGCUAGGAGUCUAGGAGCUGCAAUCAUCUACAACAAGGCUCACGCUUGGCAUGACCAUUGGAUUUUCUGGGUAGGUCCCUUCGUUGGAGCUGGACUUGCUGCCCUGUACCACCAGAUCGUGAUAAGGGCUAUUCCUUUCAAAUCUAGGCCAUGAGCUGAGCUGCACGCAUCUCUGAUUUGCUCAUUUCUAUGCCUCUGUCAUUGUAAAUCGCGAUGUGUACUGUUUUAUUUUGGCUUUAUCUGCUUUGCCUCUUGGUUCUAGAACCUCCCGAGUUCCCCCUUCCAACCAAAAUGUAUUGGCAUUUGUAUUUGUAUUUGUACAUCUACGGCUUUAUCGUGUCUCUGUACGUGGACUGUGUGUGUUUCGCAUUAAAGAUGGAUGGUUGGCCACCAACUACUGCAGUCAUUUCUGCUCGAGGACUUGAAAAAGGGGCAAAAUCGUUGAACGAAGGUUUUAUCUAUCUUUUCUUUUUGUUUUCUUUUAA